AUGAAUUUGAAGAGAACGUUACUAUUACGUUUGAGCGAUAAUGGUGAACCUAUCACUAGUAGCUCCUACGGAAAUGGUGUAUUGACUCUACCUUCACUACCACUACCCGAUGAAAGUUCUGAACAUACUCCAAUGUAUACUGUACGUAUACUGAUUGCUGCAUCAUCUCCUAUCGCUAGAGAUGGUCUUAUUUGGACCAAUUGUCCACCCGAUCAUAUCAUUCCCUUUAAAAGAGAUAAAUUUUAUAAAAAAAUUGUUAAUUCAAGUUUCCAUAAAGAUGAUACAAUUGAUUUAAAUCUCUAUAAACCAGGUUCGUAUUGUUUUUAUCUUUCUUUUAGAAAUGAUAACGAACAAUUAGAAACCACUAGAAAGUUUUAUUUCGUUGUAUUGCCUGUUUUGAAAUUAAAUGGGAAAUUUUUACAAUUAAAUUCAAUUGAAAUGCAAAGUGUCAUCUCUAAAUGGAUGGGUCCAACUUUAAACGAUUGGGAUAAUGUCUUUAAAAAAAUUUCUGAUAAAAAUUAUAAUAUGGUACAUUUUACACCAUUACAACAUCGUGGUGAAUCAAACUCUCCUUAUUCCAUAUAUGAUCAAUUAGAAUUCGACCCCAAAUUCUUCAAUAAUAAAGAAGAUGUUCAAAAGAUGGUUACACAUCUACAUAAGGAUUAUGGAAUGCUAGCCUUGACUGAUAUUGUGUUUAAUCAUACCGCCAAUAACUCAUCUUGGUUAAGACAACAUCCCGAUGCUGGUUAUAACCAUAUUACUGCUCCACAUUUAAUCUCUGCUAUUCAAUUGGAUGGUGCUCUAAUAGAAUUUAGUGUGAACUUAAAGAAAUGGGGGUAUCCAACAGAAUUAAAAUCUAUAGAUGAUUUAUUCAAGAUAAUGGAUGGUAUUAAAGUUCACGUGUUGGGUUCUUUAAAACUUUGGGAAUACUAUGUGUUAAACGUUCAAGAUACUUUAAAAGAUGUCGAAAAAUCAUGGUCGACAAUUAAAUUAGACUCAAAGGAUUCUCAAUUAUAUAAACAAACUCCUGAUUGUAUCGAAAACAUUGAAGAUUUUGCUAAAUUUGUAUUAGAAAAUACUACAGAUUCAUCAUUUAAUACUCUAUCUACAAGAGGUGCUAAACGCUUAGAUUUGGAAAUUUUUACAAAGAUUUUAAAAAUUAAUUUUGGUGAUACAUAUAAUGAAGAAAUUACAGAACGUAUCCAUAAGAUAUUAGAUGAAAUCAAUUUACCAUUAUACGGUGAAUAUGAUGAUGAUAUCAGUGAGAUCUUAGAACAAUUGUUUAAUCGUAUCAAAUAUUUAAGACUAGAUGAAAAUGGUCCAAGACAAGGUCCAAUAACCGUAAACUCUCCUUUAACAGAACCUUACUUCACUAGGUUUAAAGGUGCAGACGGUGAAUCUUAUGCGUUAGCUAAUAACGGUUGGAUUUGGAAUGGUAACCCCUUAGUGGAUUUUGCUUCGUCACAAUCAAAGGCUUAUCUACGUAGAGAGGUUAUCGUAUGGGGUGAUUGUGUCAAACUACGUUAUGGUAAAGGUCCACAGGAUUCUCCCUACCUAUGGUCAAGAAUGGAAAAAUAUAUUGAAAUUAAUGCUACUAUAUUUGAUGGUUUUAGAAUCGAUAAUUGUCAUUCAACUCCUUUACACGUUGGUGAAUACUUCUUGGACCAUGCUAGAAAAUUCAAUCCCAAUCUUUAUGUCGUUGCUGAAUUAUUUUCUGGUUCUGAACAAUUAGAUUGUUUAUUUGUAGAAAGAUUAGCAAUCUCUUCUUUGAUCAGAGAGGCUAUGCAAGCUUGGUCAGAAGAAGAGUUAUCACGUUUAAUCCAUAAACAUGGUGGCAGACCAAUUGGGUCCUAUAAGUUUGUACCAAUGGACAAUUUCCCUUACCCAUCAGAUAUUUCUGUGGAUCAAGAAUACUGUGAAUACAAUCCAGAAUCCAAUCAAGUUCAUUGUGUCUCUGAGAUUAAUAUUCCAAAGAUUUUGACAGCAACUCCUCCACAUGCUCUGUUCAUGGAUUGUACUCAUGAUAAUGAAAUGCCAUAUCAAAAGAGAACAGUGGAAGAUACUUUACCUAACGCGGCUUUAGUUUCUUUAUGUUCUUCUGCUAUCGGUUCUGUGUAUGGUUAUGAUGAAAUAUAUCCACACCUAUUAGAUCUUGUUAAUGAAGAGAGAACUUAUGAUACUGAAUCAUGCAUUGGUAUUGGUCCAGUGAAAUCAAAAUUAAAUGAAAUUAGAGAAAAGAUUAGUAAGAAAUCCGUCGAUAUUGAAGAUUCUGAGAUGCAUGUUCAUCAUGAGGGACAAUAUAUUACUUUCCACCGUACUGACGUUAAAUCGGGAUCAGGUUGGUAUUUAAUAGCCAGAAUGAAAUUCAAUGAAGAUAGUAGUAAACAAGAACUACCACCAAUCAUCUUAUCGCAAUCAAAAUGUAAAUUGAAUUGUGCUUACACUCUGGAAAGAGUUGGUACAAUAGAAGACCUUCAUGAUAAUUUAAAAAUUGAAGGUAUUCCAACUAAAUUAAUCGAAUUAAAAGGGUUUGAUGUGUCUUACGAUGAAAAAGAACAACAAAGUAAAAUUGUAUUGCCAAAGGAUUUCCCAGCUGGUUCUAUUGCCAUUUUCGAAACCCAACAAAAUGGUGUCGACUUAUCCUUAGAUCAUUUCAUCAGAUCUGGAGCUAUGAAGGCUACAGCUAAUGUAACCUUGCAAUCUUUGAAUCCAAUCAUGUAUCAUGCUGCUAGUGAAGAACUGGAUUGCAGUGGAGGAAAAGAAGGUGCCUAUAAUGUUCCUGCUAUCGGUGACCUAGUAUAUUGUGGUCUUCAAGGCUGGAUCUCCGAACUGAGAAAGAUUGUCUUUGAUAAUGAUUUAGCUCAUCCAUUGAGUGAAAAUUUACGUGAAGGUUCAUGGGCCUUGGAUUAUGUUGUUAAUAGACUUGACUAUUACAAAGACGAACCUGGUGUUGUCGAUGUCCAAAACUGGUUACGUUCUCGUAUGAACAGAAUUAAAGUCCUACCAAAUUAUUUAAGACCAAGUUAUUUCGCUUUGAUUAUUGGUAUCUUAUAUGGAUGCUGUCGUUUACGUGCCAUGCAACUAAUGUCAAUUAACAUCGGUAAAUCAACUACUUUUGUUCAAAGUUUAGGUCUUGUAUCUAUUCAAAUGAUGGCGAAGGUCAACUCUACCUCUAUUUUCCCAGACGAAAAAAUUUACGCAAUGGCUGCAGGUUUACCUCAUUUUAGUACCAAUUACAUGAGAUGUUGGGGUAGAGAUAUUUUUAUCUCUUUACGUGGUUUAUUAUUAACAACUGGUAGAUUCCAAGAGGCCAAAGAGCAUUUGUUAGCAUUUGCAAAGACUUUGAAACAUGGUAUGAUCCCAAAUCUAUUAGAUGCUGGUAGAAAUCCAAGAUACAACGCUCGUGACGCAGCAUGGUUUUUCUUACAAGCUAUUCAAGACUACGUCAAUAUUGUUCCAAAUGGUGAGGAAAUAUUAAAAGAAAAGGUAUCCAGAAGAUUCCCACUGGAUGAUACAUGGGUUGCUGAAGAUGAUAUUAGAGCCUUUAGCUAUUCUAGUACCAUCGAAGAUGUAAUUUACGAAAUUUUGAAGAGACACGCAAAUGGUAUUAAAUACAGAGAAGCUAAUGCCGGUCCUAAUUUGGACCGUGUUAUGACUGAUGAUGGUUUCAAUGUCGAAGUUCAUGUCGAUUGGAACACUGGUUUGAUCCAUGGUGGUUCUCAAAAUAAUUGUGGUACCUGGAUGGAUAAAAUGGGUGAAAGUGAAAUGGCUGGUUCUGUAGGUGUACCUGGUACCCCAAGAGAUGGUGCUGCUGUCGAAAUCAAUGGUCUAUUGAAAAGUACACUUAGAUUUGUCAUUGAAUUACAAUCCAAGGGUUUAUUUAAAUACACUCAAGUGUCAAAAACUAACGGUAAAGGAACUAUUUCAUUUGAAGAUUGGAACCAAUUACUACAAGACAAUUUUGAAAAGAAAUUCUAUAUUCCUUUAGAUCCAGAGGAUGAUAAAAAUUUCGAUGUCGAUUCUAGUAUUGUGAAUAGAAGAGGUAUUUACAAGGAUCUUUACAAGAGUGGUAAACCAUAUGAGGAUUAUCAAUUCCGUCCAAAUUUCACUAUUGCAAUGGUUGUCGCUCCUGAAUUAUUUACUCCUGAAUAUGCUACACACUCUCUAGAUUUAGCAGAUGAAAUACUAAGGGGCCCAUUAGGUAUGGCAACUUUAGACCCAAGUGAUUAUAACUAUCAUCCAUACUACAUCAACAGUGAGGACUCUGAAAAUUUCGCUACUAGUAAAGGUAGGAAUUAUCAUCAAGGUCCAGAAUGGGCAUGGCCAGAAGGUUACUUCUUAAGAGCUUAUUUACACUUUAACUUCUUAACAAACCCUAGGGCUUGUAACGAGCAUAAGAACAAACCAUCAUCUUACUUGUAUCAACAACUUUAUCAAAGAUUAUCCAAACAAAGAGACGAAAUAAUGAACAGCCCAUGGGCAGGUCUUCCUGAACUAACAAACAAAGAUGGUGAGUUUUGUCAGGAUUCCAGUCCAACACAAGCCUGGAGUGCUGCUACUCUAUUGGAUCUAUUCUACGAUCUAUGGAGCUCCUUCGAAGACGAUGAUCAAUGGGAGUAA